AUGAAUAUAAAUGCCUUCAUGGAGUUUGGACUCUUAGUCUUUAGUGCCCUAGCGAAUCUAGCCAAUCCCAUAGCCAUAGAAAGUACACAACUAAAGUGCACAGAAAAUGAAGACAGAAUAGCAUCAAUGCUUGAGGAUAUACAGAGUGAAAUAGAGAAUGCCAAUACACUAUUCCUUCCUAUCACUGUAGAACAAGCCAGUGUACUCUACCAAGACAACAGCCAGUACAUCGACCCAAGAGACCAAUUUAAUCUACUGAGACUCAGGCAGAUGCGAAAAAAGAACACAAUGUACGAGUGCAACAGGAAUCUGAAAACAUUCAAUAUAUUCUCACAAGAUAUAGGAAACCAAAGAAAUAUGCAAGUACCAACAAAGAAAGAUAUUGUCCAGAUAUGUUCUACUAUACAUGAUCAAUCACCCAGGUUCUUAUUAACAGCAAAGAAAUUCAUUAAUGAAAUAUACAGGAGUGAAAUUGAGAAUAAAGGAGCAAAAUUCCCAGAUUUAAAAUUCAUGUGGCAUCCACCUGAUGAGAGACUCUCAAAGAUGGUGGGUCUGGCUUCUAUUUCAAUAGAACACAUGAGAAAUGAACCUUCUUCCAUUCACCGGGUUGUCAUGAAUAUAUUCCCAGAUAAAAUAUGCGAUGGUUCCAUGAAUGAACCACUUUCAAAUCCCCCAAGGAGUUUGAAUAUUUCAUCUGACCUGGAGAUGCAUCCAUUUAAGAUAGUAGGUGGGGAUGCCCUAAAUAUUGCACGGUUUAAAUAUAUGUUGGAACUGAAGGUUGACCAGAAUUUGGGAAUUGAGUUCCUAAAGACGCAAUUAGGUCUCUUCCCGGAAUAUAAAGACCUUUAUAAUAAGCCAUUCUCAAAGAUUGAAACAUUCAAUCAGACAAUGGAGACUGAAUAUAAAUCUGUUAAUAAUAGAUAUACUGAUAUAACCCGGGAAAUAGAUAACCUUCUUUCAUAUUCGGAUAGAAAUAAUCCUGUUUCCUUCAAGGAGUACAUAGAUUUAGUUGAGAAAUCCAUAACCCUUCAGAUAGAUAUCUUAAAUAAUCUGUUAUAUUCUUCUUCAUAUUCUGCAUUGCGUAACCACAUUACAAAGGAAUAUAUAACAGAAAUCUACAAAAUAGGUUUUUUUAACGACAUAUCUGAUAGUCAGAUACGCAGCAUGAUAAAGUCCAUGAGAGGCAUUGUGAAUAGUUUUACUAGGGAAGAAACAAUCAACACAGAAUCACUCUCGAAUAUAAUUGACUUAAAUUUAUCCUUCCUUGGGAAAGACCUACAGAUUUCCUACCACCCAAGAACUUUUUCCAGUGAAAAGUAUGCAAAGCACCUACUGAAGCUCACUUGGGCCAGAUUCAUGGAAAUAGAAGCAGACAGUGCAUCACGGCGUGCCCAGAAUAGGGAUAUCUUAAAGGACUUGCAGUUUAAGAAGUACAUAAAACACAAUAAUCCGUUAAAUAAUCACAGAGUCCAUAGUAAUUCUAUAUAUGAGCUAAGAAAUACGAUUCAAGAUACGUUAUCAUUUAUGAUAAAGGGUGAAUAUACGUUUAUGAAGCAGAUACUAACACAGUUAUACUUAAUUGUAUCUGAAAUUGACUUAAUUAAUGAUGAGCUUGAUAGUAUUGAUGAAUUCCGGGAUUGUUUCAGUCAAGGGCAUGGCCGUGCUGAUGCAGUCAUUAACCCGGGUGUUGUGAACAAUCUGCUGAGCAAGCUGCAUGUGAGAAAUAAAAUCACAAUGGCAUUUCUGUCAGUCCUGCAGAUGCAAAGGAAGACCUACAAGGAUAACAGUAUUUUAUCCCAGAAAGACACUUCGAUGGAUUUCUAUUCACUCUUCAAUGUGGACAAAGUAAAAGACAGUCAUUCUAUGCUGGAUAUAACCCGAAUUGAGAGAAAAGUUAAAAGUGCCUUGUUCUAUCGCAUGCCAUCACCAACUCCUGUGACUUCUGCAGGCAUCGACAAUGUCCCACUUUCAUGCAAGGAGGUGGCCAAUAUUAACAAGAAUAAUAUGCAUAUUCCAUUAGGUGAGUAUAACGAGUAUUUGAAUGAAUCCAAAAGCAAACUAUCAUCCUCUAAUACGAAAAGAAAAAAUAACUGA